UGGUGGUUGUGUACAAAAUCGUGAACAGCUGUCUGUGUGGCUUGUGUCAAUUCUUGGCAGGGGGUUAUCCUGCGUGUCUGCGUGAGUGUGUUAGGCCUGUUCCUCCGGAUUGUGAUACUGACGCUUGACUGAACUGUUCAGCGAAGGCUGUCUUUGCGGUCGGAACGAUUUACGUGUGAUCCAGGCAACGACACGACAGCAUCAUGGCGUUUGCCGGGCUCAAGAAGCAAAUCAACAAAGCGAAUCAGUAUAUGACAGAGAAGAUGGGCGGAGCGGAGGGAACAAAGCUCGAUGUUGAUUUCGUGGAUAUGGAGAGGAAAACAGACGUCACGUAUGAACUUGUCGAGGAGCUACAGAUGAAGACGAAGGAGUUCCUGCAACCAAACCCGACAGCAAGAGCGAAGAUGGCUGCAGUCAAAGGUAUCAGCAAACUCAGCGGUCAAGCAAAGGCGUCCACUUAUCCUCAGCCGGAAGGUGUACUUGGCGAUUGCAUGCUCACUUAUGGCAAGAAAAUGGGUGAAGACAGCAUUUUUGCCCAGGCUCUCAUUGAAAUGGGCGAAGCCAUGAAGCAGAUGGCAGACGUAAAGUAUUCUCUGGACGAUAACAUCAAGCAAAAUUUCCUCGAGCCGUUGCACCAUCUGCAGAUCAAAGAUCUCAAAGAAGUGAUGCAUCAUCGGAAGAAACUGCAAGGCCGUAGACUGGACUUCGAUUGCAAGCGAAGACGACAAGCAAAAGGUUCUCACGUUUCAGACGACGAGAUUCGUCAAGCUGAAGAGAAGUUCGAGGAGAGUCUCCAUUUGGCACAGAUGGGCAUGUUCAAUUUGCUGGCGAACGACGUCGAACAAGUAGCACAAUUGGCAACUUUCAGCGAAGCUCUUCUUGAAUAUCAUCAACAAUGCACUGAAGUCCUCAGAGGAUUGACGGAAAUACUCUUGGAAAAGAAAGAAGAGGCCGUACACAGACCAAAGAUGGAAUUUGUGCCGAAGACAUUGGCGGAUCUACACGUGGAUAGUGGAUUGUCGGACCAUAUGAACGGGGCAAGUGGGGCCGGCUCUCCGAUUCAUGCGGACGGGAAGCGCUCGCAGCUCGAGCUAUUUCCGGCCGGAAACCCGCCACAAUCUACCAAUGCUUCACCCUUGCCCUCGCCGAGUAAAUCACCAGCGAGAACGCCGAUGACACAGAGAACGCCGUGCUGCACAGCUCUGUACGACUUCGAGCCCGAGAAUCCUGGGGAACUUGGAUUUAAGGAGAACGACACGAUCACCUUGACCCAGAAAAUCGACGAGAAUUGGUUUGAGGGCAGUCUGGACGGUCGCACCGGUUACUUCCCUGUGACCUACGUGCAGGUCGUAGUGCCAUUACCCUAAGAGGACGCCGCGCAUUUCGAAGCCAAAGACCCAGCGUAUUCGUUCACUAGCGUCUAUCAUUACAGGAUUACUCUGCUCUCCAGCUAGCCUAAAACCUAGACGACCUUUCGACGACCUAUCUUUAUCUAUCUAUUGUCACUUACGUUGUGAUUUCCAGCUUACGUCCAAGACACGAUCCCGAGUUUCUCUAGACUUUUCUCCCCGCCCUCUACAGAGAUCCCUUUUUCCCUUUCUGCAGACCCAAGAAUAGACCUCUGUUACGCAUGUUAAUGUACAUAUAUAAUGUUAUAGUGUAUUUUAUCGACGUAUGGACCUUCGCGCGCGCAGAGAUAUACACACAUACACAAUGCAUACCCAGGAAGUACAUGCAUAGAUACAUAUAGACGUAUUAUACAUAUAUAUGUAUAUAUAUAUAUAUAUACAUACACAGAUACAAAACACGUAAAUACCAAUAUUAAUACACACACACACACACACACACACACACACACACACACACACACACACACACACAC